AUGGUAGCAGAGAAGACUGUUCUUAAUCAGAACAAGAAUAGUUCGCCACUACACAACGGCAACCAAGGCUUCAAUCACUUUGACCUUCAAAAUAAUGAAAGUUCAAGUGAAUAUGAAUAGUCGUUGUUGAUCUCUUCUCCCCACCAAAAUAUCUUCAAUUGA